GUUUCCCCCCCCCCCUCUCUACUCUCCCCGCCUCCCUGCUUCGCAAGGCCCAGAAGCGCAGGCGAGGAGACGAAAAAAGAAGGGAAAAAACGUUUCCAGCGGGGCUGCUCGUCGUGUGAGCAGCGGCAGCAUCGAGGAGCAGCUCGCACUCGGUCUGCUAUCAGUCCACACGCGGUCCCAGGCGGCAAGUAAAGCAGCAAAGACAGGUAAAACCAGGCCGGGAAGCAGAAGAACGGUGCCAGUGGCCGUCGUCGUUUCUUGUUGGCUGCCAAACAUCAGUGCUUUGAACCACACACUCCCCCCCGAUGCAGGCGACGUCCCUAGCACAGCCUCAAUCGUAAACCCUCCACAGCACUGCUACUCGACUACGUGCCUCUGGCAGGCUGCGGACACUUGACCAGGCCCGUCGAUUCCCUCCUAGUUGGCCUUUUUGUGCCCUCACCCGUUCUCACGCCCUCGCUUCACACCUCUCAGCUUCCAAGGCCCACAGCUCCUCUUUUGCUUUGCGUCGUGGGGCCCUCGAAAGAGCGGGAAGGCAGCCAUGAGCUCGUCUUCACAGCAGAACAAUCUGCGCCUGACCAUAAUCGCCGCCGAUGGCCUGUACAAGCGAGAUGUCUUCCGUUUUCCCGACCCGUUCGCAGUCGCGACGGUCAACGGCGAGCAGACUCGCACCACGAACGUGAUCAAGAAGACGCUGAAUCCGUAUUGGAACGAGAGUUUCGACCUCAAAGUAACGGAGGACAGCGUGUUGGCAGUGCAGAUCUUCGACCAGAAGAAGUUCAAGAAGAAGGACCAAGGCUUCCUCGGCGUCGUAAACGUCAGGAUAGGCAAUGUCAUCGACCUGGACGCCGGUGGCGACGAGAUGCUCACACGCGACCUCAAGAAAUCAAAUGACAACAUGGUCGUACAUGGAAAGCUCAUCCUCAAUCUAUCUACGAACCUGUCCACGCCACUGAACCAGGCUGGGUCUUCGCAACCUAGACUCCCUGCUCCCAUCGCCCCUCCCUCGACCAACGGCAUUUCGCAACACUCAAAUACCCCGACGGCCUCCACGUCGAGCUUGCAUCCUGAGACGCAGUACCCUGGCAACGUGAACAGACCGUCGGCCUCGCAGCGAUCAAGCGUGCUUAGUUCGACGGCGUCGCCGAGCGCAGGUCCCUCCGUUCCAACGCAAAAUGGGGCAUCCGGCAGGACCUUCAAUCAGUUUGAAGAUCAGCAUGGACGUCUGCCUGGCGGCUGGGAGAGACGAGAGGACCAUUUGGGGCGCACGUACUACGUCGACCACAACACCAGACAGACAACGUGGAUUCGACCCAGUGCAACGUCGUUCAACGAGAGUACGCAGCGUGCACAGAUGGAAGCACAAACCAACAUGGAGCGAACCAGGCACCAGAAUCGCAUGCUUCCAGAGGAUCGCACCGGUGCUAACUCACCCACGCUGUCGGAACGGCAUUCACCCCAACAGGCGGCUGCCACCCCAUCGUCGUCGACAAACGCAAAUGCGGUGUCGAUGAUGGCCACUGGUGCAACAACGGCCGGCACUGGAGAACUGCCAUCUGGCUGGGAGCAGCGGCAUACGCCUGAAGGUCGAGCCUACUUUGUGGACCAUAACACUAGGACAACCACCUGGGUUGAUCCACGUAGGCAACAGUAUAUUCGCAUGUACGGUAACAACGCUACGGGCACGACAAUUCAGCAGCAGCCUGUAUCGCAGCUCGGACCUCUGCCCAGCGGCUGGGAAAUGCGCCUUACGAACACGGCGCGUGUCUACUUUGUGGAUCACAACACCAAGACCACUACGUGGGACGAUCCGAGACUGCCGUCCUCUUUGGAUCAGAAUGUACCGCAGUAUAAACGUGACUUUAGAAGGAAAUUGAUCUACUUCCGAUCGCAACCCGCCAUGAGGAUACUGUCAGGCCAGUGCCACAUCAAGGUCAGGCGGACUCACAUCUUCGAGGACUCAUACCAUGAGAUCAUGAGACAGAGCGCUACCGAUCUUAAGAAAAGACUGAUGAUCAAAUUUGAUGGUGAAGACGGUCUCGACUAUGGUGGUUUGUCUCGUGAAUUCUUCUUCCUUCUCUCUCACGAGAUGUUCAAUCCUUUCUACUGUCUUUUUGAGUACUCCGCCCACGACAACUACACCCUACAGAUCAACCCGCACUCUGGCAUCAACCCUGAACACCUGAACUACUUCAAGUUUAUUGGGCGCGUCGUCGGUUUGGCCAUCUUCCACCGUCGCUUCCUGGACGCUUUCUUCAUCGGUGCCUUCUACAAGAUGAUCCUUCGUAAGAAGGUCACGCUCCAGGACAUGGAAGGUGUCGAUGCGGACUUCCAUCGAAAUCUGACGUGGACGCUGGACAACGAUAUCGACGGCGUUUUAGAUUUGACGUUCUCGACAGACGAUGAACGGUUCGGGGAGACGGUGACGAUUGAUCUGAAGGAAAACGGACGCAACAUCGAAGUUACGAACGAGAACAAGAAGGAGUAUAUUGACCUCAUCACCGAAUGGCGCAUCCAAAAGCGCGUCUCGGAGCAGUUCAAUGCCUUCAUUACGGGUUUUAACGAGCUCAUUCCGCCGGACUUGGUUAACGUAUUCGACGAGCGUGAGCUUGAACUCCUCAUCGGUGGUAUUGCCGACAUCGAUGUCGAUGACUGGAAGAAGCACACUGACUACCGUGGUUACACCGAGUCGGACCAAGUCGUGCAGGACUUCUGGAAGUGUAUUCGCUCCUGGGACGCGGAACAGAAGUCGCGCCUGCUGCAGUUUGCCACGGGCACGUCUAGAAUUCCGGUCAACGGGUUUAAAGAUCUGCAAGGCAGUGAUGGACCAAGGAGGUUUACGAUCGAAAAGGCUGGAGAGCCUGGGCAGCUGCCUAAGAGUCAUACUUGCUUCAAUCGUAUCGAUCUGCCUCCGUAUAAGUCCUACGAGCAGCUUGUGCAGAAACUCACCAUAGCCGUCGAGGAAACUGUCGGUUUCGGUCAAGAAUGAUUGUCCGCCCUUUGGAAAGCACUUCGCAUCAAUGCGCAAGAUCGAUACGGCUACCUGUGGAAUGGUGUAUAUAUUCAUCGGAGAGAGACAUCUACGAAGGGCUGCAAGACAUCCCUAAUCUUCAUUGUUGGUCGUGGAAUCAUACUGUGUAUGUAUAAAAGGCCUUCUUUUUCACACCAAGAAGGCUCGGCACAACCCAUUCCCUUGGUUCUUAACGUGCGCUCCGGCGUUUAUCGAUGGGGUUUUUUCUCCUCCCAGGCGCCUGGCGAAGGGUAUGAAGCAGGUUAUAGUACAGCAACACCCGCUAUUGUUGUUGGAGUUUGGUCGAAAUUAGUCUUGUUAAGAAAGACGAGCCAAGAGAUUGGGAAGAGUGAGCGAGGAAACACGGGCGAUUUGGAGAUUCGGACCCGACAUGUGUCGCGACUUUUGUGGUGCAGCGCCUCCGUUUUUUUUUUCUCGCCGUGCGAUCAGCGCAUAGUUGAGUAGUAAAAUCAGAUUUGCGAUUGAGAGAGCAAUAACGGACGGACGUGUCUCUUUUUAGAACUAAUAUAUCUCGUACCAGAGGAGGAGUUUUCAAAACGGUCAUGUUCCAAAGUCCCCCUGGCUGCACAGAGGCAGAGUUGCACGUCGCUUCGAUCAUGUGGCCAGUUCUUCACGUGUAUGUAGUUUUGACGAUAGCUAGAAGUAAGCUAUACAGUAGAUCUUUUCGUCGAACAUGAA